CAACCAUAUUGACUGGAAUGUAAACACUUCGUUUUAACUCAAUUUUAUGGCAAAAGCACAAAAACAAGUACAAAAAUUUCAGUAAAUGUUACUAUUAUUGAUUUUCCCCAGUCGCGAUUCGAAAUUGAGCGUAAAACCCAGCGAAUCAGCUGUUUGGCGGCAACGACGGCACAACAAAACAAUUAAAUAUCCGCCGCAGCCGCAAAACAAAACAAAUAAAAGCAACAACAAAAUAAGUGAACAACAAUAACAAAAACAAAACCAACUGCGCCGCGAUAAAAUUGUUUGCCAAUAAGAAUCGGGCUUAGUGCGGAUUGGCAUCCGAAAGAUACAGGAAAGAUGGUUUUUUUUUCUCUCCUUUUUUUUUGUUUUUUGUUUUUGGUCGAGGCUUCGCGGGCUUCCGCCACUGGACCGCGCUUCAAUCGCAUCCGGACGGUGUCGAGCUCCCAAUUUAUGACGAAGACAAAUCGCUUGGUGAUUUUGAGGCAUGGCGAAAGUGAUUUCAACAUAGAGAACAAAUUCUGCGGCUGGCAUGAUGCGCCAUUGAGUGAUUUCGGCGUGCAGGAGGCCCUGACUGUGGCGAUUCCAGCACUCUCCCAAUCCCAGUUGGAAUUCGACGUAGUCUACUCAUCCGUAUUGAGCAGAUCCCGUCAAACGGCCGAACUGAUUCUCUCCAAGUUGAACUGCGCCUACGUGCCCAUAAAGGAGGAUUGGCGACUGUGCGAACGGCACUACGGAAAUCUGACAGGUUGCCGGAAACGAACCGUAGCCGAUCGCUAUGGCGAGGAGCAGGUUCAGGCGUGGCGACGUGGAUACGACUGCGUACCGCCGUUCAUUGAGGAGAGCAAUCGGUACUUCUACACCAUUUGCAGCAAUCCCAUAUUCGAUGAUGUUCCUCGCGGCGAGUUCCCCCUCGCGGAAUCCCUACACAUGUGCGUCGAUCGGGUGAAGCCCGUGUGGAAGGAGGUCAGGCGGGAGGUGCUCAAAGGCUCCCGGGUACUGAUGUGCGUCCACGGAACUGUGGCGCGUGCCCUCGUCCAGCACAUUGAGGGAAUCUCCAACGAGGCCAUCGAGAAGGUUAACAUUCCAAAUUGUGUGCCACGCGUUUACGAGUUCGAUUUGAGUACGGGAGGCUUGGUUGGAGCUGCCAUCAAUCUGGGGGAUCAGGAGUACAUCAGACGGAAGACAGCCCAGGUGGCAGCCAUUGGUGACUGAUUGCGGAGCACUCCGAUCGACUUUUGUGGAAUUUACAUCGAUAUGAUAUGUGGCCGCCUGCAUUUACUUAAGCCUCUACCGUUUUAAGUCUGAGGAGAUCGGCUGAUAAGGAUAUUAUGACUACUAUUUAUUCGUCUACCCCAUCUGAUAUUUUCGGCCAAAAAUAUACAAUUUAUACAAAAUAUAUACGAUGGAGAAGAUAACAUAUACAUAAAUGUAAUAAAAUUAAGUUAUUUCGUUUCAUAAAUACCAAUUGGAUGUGCUACACCCAAUAAAAACA